UCUCAUUCGGCAAUGGUGCAUGGUUGGUGUUUGUUUAGUUUUAUAUUUCUAUUUCCCGAAAUGUAUAAUUCUGUAUUGCUGUGUAAUUCUCACCUUUCUUGUGAUUAACAAUUUUAGAUAUUACAUGGCAGUGUAAGAAUUUUGUAAGUUCUAUUCUACGCACCGAGUGAUCGAGUAAGACAUUAUCGAUCGAGUGUUUGCUAAAAUAACCGGCGAUUAUCAUCAAAUAAUCAUUCAGACUGCUGCUUGAAAUCCUUGAAUUGGCGUUGCACAAUGUGGUAUCGACCGGAGGGAAGACUGGCUACUUGCUAGAGGCUAUUAAAUAGGCGUUCUUCAAUCGAACGCAGUCCUAUCGUAUUUUUUCUAAGCUAGAAAAACUCCGAGGACAAACAUGUUGGGGUGGCACAAACAUAGAUGGAUCGCCUUAUGCCUACUUUUUUUGUCUCUGGGAUCACAUCUACUAUUCCUGUAUGGAUUUUUCCCGCUAAAAUACCACUCAGGAAAACUGGCCCAUAUGGAUGAUUUGCCCAACUUCAUUCAUGAAGUCAGUAUUGACGGUCAAGAAGUUUACAACCCCGGUGAGCAUACUGUGGUGCUGAUGGUGAUAGACAGCCUUCGUUAUGACUUCGUGACAGAGGAAUACAUGCCGUAUACCGCACAACUCUUGAAGAACAAGUCUGCUUGCAUUUAUGUGUCUAUCGCUGAACCACCUACGGUCACUAUGCCACGGAUUAAGUCACCGGAGAGGAAAAUCCUAAGGGCACAGUGGAGACGCACCAUAAACUUCUGGCGGAAAAUAUUCGCCAUGAUGACAGGCAGCGUUUCAACGUUCGCUGACGUGGCUCUCAACUUCGGAGCGCCCGCGGUCCGUGGGGACAGCGUGUUGCGAGUCGCUGCCUCUAGGGGCCGCCGUUCCAUCAUGUACGGCGAUGACACGUGGUUGAGGCUGUUCCCUGGCCUGUGGUCGGAGUCUGACGGGACCACUUCGUUCUACGUCACGGAUUAUACUGAAGUGGACAACAACGUCACCAGGCACUUAGACAAGGUUCUCACCCCAGACGAGAAGAACAAGCCAACGUUCGACUUCUUGGUCCUCCACUACCUAGGUCUAGACCACAUUGGUCACCUGCAAGGAGCCCGUAGCCCGCAGAUAAAGCCCAAACUGCUGGAAAUGGAUGAGGUGGUGAAGAAAAUUUUUACUGCUAUGGAGAAAUGGGAUCGCCACGGAGUCUUGUUCAUAUGUGGUGACCAUGGUAUGAGAGAUGCAGGCGGCCACGGCGGCGCCUCGCCCGCUGAAGUACUAGUGCCGCUGGUUGUAGCCAAGAGUGCCGACUUCCAGUGCCCGCACGCGCUGGGCCCAGGCCCUACCGUAGCUCAAGUGGACCUGGCGCCGACCAUCGCUUGGCUUCUAAACGCUCCGGUGCCGGGAGACAGCGCAGGCCGAGUUUUGCCAGCACUUUUACCGCGGGACACCCGUCAACAUUUGUACCUACUUCAUACGGUGGCCGCUCAUAACGCGAAGCAACCCGACUUGCCUAAGGAUACAGAAUUCUACAGGCAAUUCCAGCGUGCCGAGAAACAGUUUGCUCAAUUCUUGGCUACCGGCCAGCAAAGCGCUGCCAAGAUCGCCAAGGAGUUCUACGACGAGUCCUUGGCAGAGAUGGCCAAGCACCUCACUGAGACCACCGUGGAGUUCGACUUGUUCGCGCUAGGUGUAGCCUGCUUACUUCUAUAUGUGAUCUCAGCGACUCUGCUCGGCGUCUCCCUCUACUCUCUCCAGCCAGCUGAGCCCAAGAUCAGCGGUAUCUACUGCUACAAGCCUUCCAAAAUCGGCGUGGCCCUCGCAUUCUUGGUCCUGGCAGCAAUGAGCCUAUUCAUGCUCACCGCGUCUUGCUUCAUCUCAGAGACCAAGAGCCGGAUAUGCUCCUUCGAGCCCUGGUGGACCGUCGCCUUCGUCCUCAUAGGCCUGGUCUUCGCACUAGUAUACGUCAUCGCCAAAUCCACUAUAGAAUACACUACCGAUGCGUCAGUACUGAAAGAACUCAAUGUCAUUGACUACCUUCUGAUCGGCGGAUCACUGCUGCUUGAAAUCCUUGAAUUGGCGUUGCACAAUGUGGUAUCGACCGGAGGGAAGACUGGCUACUUGCUAGAGGCUAUUAAAUAG